GGCGCUUCCCGCACCUCCCCUCUCCCUGCUUGCAAAGUGGUUGUGCCCCAAGGUCCGCCUCCAGGCCACGUGGGCGCUGCGGACCACGCUUUCCGUUCCUUGGGGAGAGGUUUCCGCUGUAGGAGGGUAGCUUCCGGGCUGCGGUCUUCGCUGCCCACUUCCAGCUCAGUGGUCGCGUCUUUGCACCCCACCCACCAGGCCUGCUGCAUUCUCGGCCAGGUUCUAGGCGCCAUGGCUCCCCGCGGUAGGAAGCGGAAGGCUGAGGCCGCGAUGGUCGCCGCAGCCGAGAAGCAAGAGAAGCUGGCGAACAGCGGGGAGGGAAUGGAGGAGACAACCGUUGUUAUCGAGCAUUGCACGAGCUGACGCGUCUAUGGGCGCAACGCCGCGGCCCUGAGUCAGGCGCUGCGCCUGGAGGCCCCAGAGCUUCCAGUAAAGGUGAACCCGACCAAGCCCCGGAGGGGCAGCUUCGAGGUGACGCUGCUGCGCCCGGACGGCAGCAGUGCGGAGCUCUGGACUGGGAUUAAGAAGGGGCCCCCACGCAAACUCAAAUUCCCUGAGCCUCAAGAGGUGGUGGAAGAGUUGAAGAAGUACCUGUCGUAGGGAGAUUUGGGUAGAAGUCCUCAUGCUGAGCUUUGUGUCCCUGGUGAUGCUGGAACAUUAAUGAUGGAACAUGGCCAAACUUCAGUCAUGUGCCUGAAGCCAUGGUUUCUACCCCGCCAGAAAUGAAGGUUCAGUUGUGAGGCAACCCUCUAGUAAGGCAUUGCAAAAGUUACUGGAUUUGGUUUAAUAAAAGUUGAAAUAAAGUAUUUGAGUAAUAGAGUAAAACUUAAUCUUAAGGGAUGGACAAAGCCAGCCUUGUGGAGUUGGUAGUCC